GAGUGGGAGGAUGGAGACAUGGAGUUAGGAGUGUUAGGAAGUUAGACACAAGUAUAAUACAGUAUUAGGUUUGGUUGUGUUUAGAUCCCCCCAACCUGGACACGGCACAAGGGCGGCCUCAAAUCGUGAAAUGCAAAUCGUAGACAGCGUCCAUUGUACCUGGACAUCUCAUUCUCAAAUGCUGCGCCUUUUUCCUUUUAUUAAGAUUCCAACUCACUUCCAUUGCAGAUUUGCUGCUUCUGCGACAAUGUCGACUCUUUCCCCUGAUAUCGCUCAACCCCCACUUCAGGUUGCAAAGCGCUUAGAGAAGUUUAAAACCACCAUUUUCACCCAGAUGAGCCAGCUAGCUAUUAAACAUGGAGCAAUUAACCUUGGCCAAGGAUUUCCCAAUUUUGAUGGACCUGAGUUUGUGAAAGCAGCUGCUAUUCAAGCCAUUAAUGAUGGUAAAAACCAGUAUGCUCGCGGCUACGGAGUUCCUGACCUCAAUUUUGCUGUGGCUGAGAGGUUUAAGAAAGACACAGGACUUUCAGUUGAUCCGGAAAAGGAAGUUACUGUCACCUCAGGUUGCACAGAAGCCAUUGCUGCAACCAUGUUGGGUUUGAUAAAUCCUGGCGACGAGGUCAUCCUCUUUGCCCCAUUCUAUGAUUCCUACGAGGCUACUCUCUCUAUGGCUGGUGCCAAAGUAAAAGGCAUCACCUUGCGGCCACCAGAGUUUGCACUACCUCUUGAUGAGCUCAAGUCUGCAAUUUCAAAGAACACCCGAGCAAUCCUCUUAAACACUCCUCAUAACCCAACUGGAAAGAUGUUCACUCGGGAGGAGCUUGAUGUCAUUGCAUCUCUGUGCAUUGAAAAUGAUGUCUUGGUAUUUUCUGACGAGGUUUAUGACAAGUUAUCAUUUGAAAUGGAUCACAUCUCCAUAGCCUCUCUUCCUGGCAUGUAUGAGCGCACCGUGACAAUGAAUUCUCUUGGAAAGACAUUCUCUCUAACAGGUUGGAAGAUUGGAUGGGCCAUAGCACCUCCACAUUUGACAUGGGGAGUGAGGCAAGCACACUCAUACCUCACAUUUGCUACUUCGACCCCAAUGCAGUAUGCCGCAGCUACUGCUCUGAGAGCACCGGAAUCUUAUUUUGAAGAGUUAAAGAAGGAUUAUAAGGUCAAAAAGGGGAUUUUGGUGGAAGGCCUACAAGAAGCUGGUUUUAAGGUAUUUCCAUCAAGUGGGACCUACUUUGUGAUUGUAGAUCACACCCCUUUUGGUCAGAAAGAUGAUGUUGCGUUCUGUGAGUAUCUGAUCAAGGAAGUUGGGGUGGUGGCGAUCCCAACAAGUGUAUUCUACCUGAACCCUGAGGAGGGCAAGAACCUUGUCAGAUUUACCUUCUGCAAAGAUGAAGACACCUUGAGGGCUGCUGUUCAGCGAAUGAAGGAAAAGCUUAUAAGGUAAUAGUUUUCUAAAACAGUAGGGGAGCGGGGAGGUUAUUAGUUAAAUGAUAUUUGUUGUGAUUUGUGAACUUCAGAUUGUUGAAAGGUUAAGAGAAAAUUAUAUUAAUCUUGCCUUGGCGUUGGCUGGAAUAAUUAUGAUAAUAAUGCUUUGUUUUUACCAAGUGAGGACUCCUGAGCACACUUUGGAAAGUGGUGGUUUAAUAAUG